UUUGGUAGCAGGAGGAAACAACAUGUUAAUAGAGGCGAGCACCCAAACAAAUGCAUGGACAUAGACUCACUUCUGUACCAGUUCCAGAGAAGAUGGUGGCCGCUGUGCUCACCUUGCUCACCUCAAGUAAACAUGUUCAACCUGAUGACCAACUGCUGCACCUGGGUCUCCAAAAUACAGGAGCCGAUCAGGAAAGUGACCAUUCUGGUGGUUGGUCUUGACAAAGCAGGAAAAACAUCCUCCAUCAGAGGGAUGUUAAGAGUUCCCCAUGGUGCUGAAGCUGGACCCACCCACGGCUGCGUCCGAAGUGAGCUGAGAGUGGAGAACUACCAGGUCACCUUGCUGGAUGUGGGGGGGUCAGCAGAGUCGAGAGGAGCCUGGCGGGAGCUCUAUGGAGAGGCCCAUGGGAUCAUCUUUGUGGUGGACUCCAGUGACAGGCAGAGGAUUAAGGAGGUCAAGGAGGUUCUCGCCGACCUGCUGAAGCAACAGAGAGUGGCGGGAAAACCCAUAUUAGUGUUGGCCAACAAACAAGACAAAAUGAACGCUUUGCUGGGAAGUGAGUUGAUUGAGUUUCUGGUACUGGAGAAGCUGGUCAACCAGAGCCGCUCUCUGUGCCAUAUUGAGCCUUGUUCCGCCUUGAUGGACCUGCGACGCUGGUCGGACAGAAAGAGUCAACGAGGCCUUCGCUGGUUGCUGCGUGCUGUUUGUCUGAAUUACCCCGAGCUGUGCACUCGUGUAGUCCAGGACAGCAAGAGGCCUCUGGAACCAAGAGAGGGGGAAAAGACCUGGAAAACAGAGAAAGUUCGCAGAAAAACCAAGGGGGAACGAAUGAAAUCCAGCAAGUCAGAUCUUCGCCAGGUUCAUCGGCCAAAAGAAAAGGAGAAAAAGACAAAGGGUGAAGGGAAGCUGCAACCCAUUCGAAACAUGCUGCAAAAGGAAACCACUCUCAAAAAGAAGCUGAACACAAAGAAGAAGAAGAAGAAGUCGAAUAAGGAAAAGGUAGGCGAAAAAGAUGAAGGAGAAGCAAAUGAGCAGGAGGAGGAAGAGGAGGGUGAAGGUAACGGAGGAGAGCAUGAAAACUCUGGUCACAGAGAGAAAGCCAGCAGUGCCCUGAUCCCCCCAAAAAAAGGCAAAGUCAAACGCAACACAAAAGUGAAAGAAGAAGCUCUGGACAUGCCAGAAUCACCGGACAAUGACAAGAAGCCGCUCAAAGCUAAAGGGGAAAAGAAGAGGAAGAAAAAAAUAGUGAAAGUAAAAAGGAAGAACAAGAUCAACACAGAGGAGAUGUCUGAAGCUUACGCUCAACCCGUGGACCUGUCUGCAACCUUUGAUCUUUACCGAAAAGCAAUGCUGGCUCUGAAGGAACGUCAGGAUCAGAGACAGUGAGAGCGAAUCCUGAGACCUGAGUGUGAGGAUGUGGCAGCGGCAGUGGGACACGGGCCGCACUGCAAUACUUCAAAGACACACAGAUCCUGUUACGUCUUCAUCACCUAGUUUUUACACUAGAUAUCAGACCUGAUCCCUGAACGUUCGGAGUAAAAUUCCAAUGUGUAGUGAAGGGCAGGUCUGCAUAAUGAUGUGUUAAUAAUAUACAAUUUAAAUAAAAACAUUGUAGAUAAAUAUAUAAAUAACAAUGUAUACAUUUUCAGAAGUAAAAGAUGAAAUUGUGUACCUGGCCAAAAUGUUAAAUUAGUUGUUUUUUUUAUAAUUCUAUGCAGUUGUUAAUUAAUUACUAAUUUUUG